AUGGGUCCAAUCACUCUCUUGCUACUGCCUUUCUUGUCGUCAUUAGCCGUCAAUGCUGCCCAAUUGACUCUACAGUCUCCAAGAUUCAAUGUCGUUGCAUCCGAUGGCUCACAGCUUCGUUCUGAGCCAAUUUCUCUCGCGCCAAAAUCUGAAGUCUCAAUUGUGCUGAAUGCGAGCGACACGUUGAAACUGACAUUCCAAGUCGUGGAAAAGGACGAAGGCAAGGGUGUGCAGCCUCACCAGACCUUCCUCCGAUUCUUCGACGAGGACUCCGGCGAGGAAGGCAUCCAACCAGUAAAAACGACCUCUGCAGGAAAAGCUAAAUUCGAACUUAACAUGGCUCGUCCGCCUUCUUCCCUCCCACCCAGCGGUAGCGCACCGCUCAAAGUUUCCCUCAUAAUCGGCUCUUUCUCCCACUCCCCUGCCAAGUUCGACCUCUUCGACCUCUCCGUACCCGCGUCCCUGCCCCCUCCGCAGCACCCCGACGAACCGACGUUCCACCCUCUCCCCGCGAUCCAGCACACUUUCAAUCCCGAACCGACGAUGCCCCCGCGCUUCAUCUCGGCCGUAUUCACAGCUCUCGUGCUGUCUCCUUGGGUCGUUCUCGUCGGUCUCUGGUCGGCCGUCCGCCCGCGCGUCCCGCAUCUCUUCUCUGCCAGCGUUCUUCCUUUCACCGCCUCCCUUGGGGCGUUUGAGGGCCUGCUCUUCUGGUACUGGCUUGAGCUGCGUCUCGGUCAAAUCCUCCUGUACGGCACGUUCGCGGCCGUCUUCACCGCACUCACAGGCAAGCGUGCUCUCGCGAAGAUCGGCGAGCGCAGGUUGGCCCGCAAGUAA